AUGGACCUGCCCCCGCAGCUGUCCUUUGCCCUCUACGUGGCUGCCUUCGCCUUGGGGUUCCCACUCAACGUGCUGGCCAUCCGGGGCGCCAUGACCCACGCCCGGCCCCGCCUCACCCCCAGCCUGGUGUACGCCCUGCACUUGGGGUGCUCCGACCUGCUGCUGGCACUCACGCUGCCCCUGAAGGCCGUGGAGGCCCUGGCCUCGGGGACCUGGCCUCUGCCCCCCAGCCUCUGCCCCGUCUUCGCCCUGGCCCACUUUGCCCCCCUCUACGCGGGCGGGGGCUUCCUGGCGGCCCUGAGCGCCGGCCGGUACCUGGGGGCUGCCUUCCCCUUCGGGUACCAGGCCCUCCGGAGACCCCGCUAUUCUUGGGGUGUCUGCGUGUUUAUUUGGGCCCUGGUGCUGUGCCACUUGGGGCUGGUCCUGGGCCUCGAGGCCCCGGGGGGCUGGCUGGACAACAGCACCCACUCCUUGGGCAUGAGCACCCCUAUCAACGGGUCCCCAGUUUGCCUGGAAGCCUGGGACCCAGCCUCGGCUGGCCCAGCCCGCCUCAGUUUCUCCAUCCUGCUGUACUUCGUGCCCCUGGGGGUGACAGGGCUGAGCUACGCGGGCUGCCUGCGCGCCCUGGCGCACUCGGGGCUCAGCCACCGGCGGAAGCUGCGCGCAGCCUGGGUGGCGGGGGGCGCCCUGCUCACCCUGCUGCUCUGCCUGGGCCCCUACAACGCCUCCAACGUGGCCGACUUCCUGAACCCCCGCCUGGGCGGGCCCUGGAGGAAGCUGGGGCUCAUCACGGGGGCCUGGAGCGUGGUCCUCAACCCACUGGUGACGGGAUACUUGGGGGCCGGCCCCAGACGGGGAACCGUGUGCGUGUCCAGAACGCAGGGAGGGCCCUUCCAGAAGUAGCUGCCCCCACUGGGCCUGGGGGUGGCCAGGAGGCAGGGGAAAGAGGGCUGCCUGCUGGUCCUUCUGAUUGUCUACCCACAGGCCGCCGGACUCCUAGGAAGAGGGGGCUCUGGAGGUGAGGUGGGGGGUGGCACCAGCCUGGAGAUUCCCUUUAGA